AUGGUCUUCCACCAAUUCUAUCCUGAUGGCAAACUUCCAAGUCUUUUCUUCCAUAAGCACUAUCGGGAUUACGAUCAGUACCCAGACGGGGUGGCUGACAUCGUCGGAUACUGGGCUGAAACACGGAUUUUCGGUGGUGUUGUUCUGUUCGACCGUCGGAAGCCUAGUCAGAGGGAAGAUCAUGAAGAUCCUGACGCCAUUUAUUUUCAUUCUUAUGCAGACAACAUAACCUAUCGAAUAUGGCGGCUUCUUGACACACAGAAAAAGCUUCUUCUGGACUUUCUCUUGUCGGACAACGACAUCAAUGGGCAGACAAACGGCGCUCCGAAUCCAUUUCCGAUCUUACCAGACCAAAAUAACCUCACUCGCAUCGAUCCAGAGGAGCCUAUCCGCAAGACUGGUAUUUAUCGCGACCCCUGGGAGCGGAAGCCCCUUAGCGAUAGGGCCGGGGAUCCUCGGAUGCACCGCUGCGCGUUCAACACUAUGGACUACCCUUCUUGGGCUGACUUCAAGAGGUCUUUGGAGAGAGCGCUGACUCGCAGGUAUGAAAUCGACGACAGGCGGGAAAAGGAAGUUGAGGCAGAGAUGGAGGAAGAGGAAUUAGCGGCAAUGUCUGAACAACAAGAGGAAGAUGAAGGGGAAGUCGCAAGGGUCUUGAAGGCAGACAAGUAA